CGGACCUACACUCACAUCCUUUGUUCUUUUUCCAUGCUUACUAAUAUUUUGUUUGUAGUUCGCAUCCAUUAAUAAGUAAUUGUUUCUUUGUAGUUCACAUUCAUUAGUAAGUAAUUGUUUGUUUGUAGUUCACAUUCAUUAGUAUACCAACAGAUCAUUAGCUAAUACUUUAUUUGUUAAUCAUAUGUGACUAUUAGCUAAUUGUAAUGAUAAGAAUGUAUCAAGGGUCGUGGUGCUAUCAACCAUUUCUCCAAUAUAAAAUAGCUACCACCGCUCUUCGGAUCAGUUGAAGCUGACCUCACAUACUGUGAAGUACUGUAGCAUAAGGUUGUAAUUGUUUGUAACCGUUAAAUACAAAAUAGUAAAUCAAGUUCGCUCCAGAUUGUGUUUUGAUCAAGUGUCCCGCAACACCAACCAACAAACGCCACCGCUCGGGCCAUUACAAACUGGUGUCAGAAGUGUGGGAUUGAUCACAUAAUUCCUUCGCACAUCGUCAACCGCGUGAGUUCGCCUACCGCGUAGACUUCAUCCGAAGACACACAAGAAACUGUACGAGAUAUCUAUCGAAGUGCUAAAAACCUUCGAUUCUCUACAAGUUCGAGAGCAACAUCGAAGAGGCCAACGAGUCUGAACGAGACGUAUCUUCGACGGUCUUAGUGAAACCGUUUACGCCGUUCAAACCACCGCCACAUCGAGAACUUCAAGAAAUGUCAACGGUAUACCUGCAAACAAUCUUCCUUCUACUGUGAGUACACCGCCAUAAACAUCGUUAUAAAGGAUUUUUCCUGUACAACGAGAUCAAACUUGCCAAUCAAGAUUAUAUACUUAUAAACUUAGAACUCUAUUAUAGAUUCUAGUGUACUUGUAUUAAUCUCAAUAUCAAUUUUAAUUGUAUCAUAAACAUGUCUUUAAAUGCAAAUGUAUCAACAUCAUCUAAUACAAACACCUUCAUUUCAUUAGAAAUGGCUGAAAGAAUGUUAACUAAAUUUGAUGGCAAUAAGGCGCGUAUUCACGAAUUUUUAGACAAUUGUGACACUGUCAAUAAUUUAAUUAAUCAUAACUUAAAGAGUAUAUUACUGCAGAUAAUUAUAACAAAAAUUACUGACAAUGCUAGGUCAAUGAUAAGAAACCGCGAAUUCCAAAUUUGGGAUGAUUUAAAAAAUUAUUUAUUAGACACAUAUACCGAAAAACGAACUAUCGGACAAUGGCAAUUAGAGUUGAGCAGUUGUAAACAAGACUACAACGAAAACGUUUUAGCAUACGCUAAUAAAGUCGAGAAUUGUUAUGUCAAAUUAAUAAAUUCAUUAGAAUCCAAUCAAUCUCCAGCAGCUCGUCAAGCUUGCGUGGAAUUACUAAAGUCACAAGCCUUAAGCGUUUUUAUUACAGGUCUAAAUAAAGAUUUGAACUUAAUACUAAAAGCACUGCAACCAAAAACAUUAGAAGAUGCUAUUUCAAUGGCAGUUAUCGAAGAGCAACAGCUCAAAAGUAAAAACGAAAUCUCUAAAUUUCAAAAUAUUAAUGCUACUAAUACUAAACAUUGCUACAAAUGCAAUAAGCCAGGUCACACAGUCGUGAACUGUCGAGUGCGUACGUUUUCGGGACCCAAACAGAACACUAAAUUCUGUAAUUACUGUAAGAAGAAGGGUCAUAUUAAAGACGAAUGUUACUUUUUAAAAAAUAAAAACAAUCCCAAUAAUUUUAAUAAAUCUAAUAACAACCGCUUUACAAAAGAUAGUGUCAACUCAAACCAAAAAAACUAGUUAAACCCAAUGGCACGAGCCAACCAAAGGGUAACAGUUUAAUAGAAGGGCUCAUUUCUGCCAUAAGUAAUUGCU